AUGGGCACCGGCCACAACCGACCCGGUAUCACCAUUUCGCUGCUUUGUGACGACGAUAGAAGCGAAGCCAACAUGGCGCAACAUCAAUCACUGUCGCGCCGUCGCGCCAACGCCGUUGCUGCCUCUCUACUCGCCUCGUCUGCCAUGAGUAAUCCCGUCUCCGGCCAUGCGCUUCCUCGCCAGACGAGACAAUCGAACUCCAUCGAGCACACUCCGACUUGGCAAACGGAAAUUCUCCCGACACCGCCACCAGCCAUUAUUCCCGAGCUCGUGGGUCGCGAUUUCAACACUGUCUGCGGUUACAUAGGAGGCAACCCCGAUCUGCCCGCGACCUGCCUGGCCGGUUCCCACUGUGUCGUCGACGCUCAGAACAAGGCUAUUGGCUGCUGUCCCGACGGAGGUGACUGUACUACGGGCAUCUUCACCGGCUGUGUCGACCAAAACAACCCCGGCCAUGGUGUCAUCGACCCUCACAUUUAUACUUGUGGUAGUGGCGAUGUUUGUUAUAAGAAUACCUUUGAGGGCGGCUUCUUCCAGUACGGUUGCGGCUCUGCCUCUGACAUGGCUACUACGGUAGUUCUUACGGCCUCGGGCCGACCUUCUAUCGCUUACACAACUGUAUCCGUUUCUCUGCGCCCUACCAUGACUCUGGCCUCGGAAACGAGCAGUGAUGGCAAAGGCCCUAGUAGCACACUCGGCCGCGAAAGUAAGCCCACUGGCAGUGAUCCUGCACAAAAUGACGGAGGAAUCAGUCAUACUAGUGCCAUUGUCGGUGGCGUUGUUGGUGGUCUUCUGGCUCUCGCGCUCUUACUAGCCCUCGGCAUCUUCCUCUGGCGCCGCAAAAGACAGUCCAGGACUCCCCAAGCCGAAGAGGAGCCCAAGUCUAUCAGCCCGGAUGAUGACUACGAAGACCCGGACGACAUGACUGACACGCGUCCCGCGCCUCAGCCACCAGGACCCAGAAAUCACCACCAUGAAGACACAGAAGACUCCGAGUCAUGGCCUAUCCCUCCUGCAAUAAAGGGCGGCAUUAUUGGUGUCGCUAAUACCACCACGGAAACUGAUCAGACUCCUCUGACGCAGGAGAGUGACCUCGACCCUACCAAUAACAUUGUGGAAAUUUCCUCUGUCGACACUGGCAGUGUGCCCCGCCGUGGUGGUGAGCGUCCAUUCUGGCAGCAGACUGGCGGUGGCCGCAGCCGAAACCUGACUCGAUCGUGA